GAAAAAAUUAAGUUGUUGUUAACUAACGAUAAAAAAUUACCGGUAGAACCGGUGACCUCUCUAACCAUCACACCUCGUAUAAAUACUCUCUCCUCUUCAUACUUAUCCUCUCAACAAAAAUCGUUUCGUUCUUUUCCAAAAUCCCCAAACAAUAGAAACGCGUUUUAAACGAUUUGAUUAGUUUUAAAUUAAAAAGAAGAUCCGAGCGAUGUCUGGUUCGACCCGGAAAGAAAUGGAUCGGAUCAAAGGACCAUGGAGUCCUGAAGAAGACGAUCUGUUACAAUCGUUGGUUCAGAAGCACGGACCAAGGAACUGGUCUCUGAUAAGCAAAUCAAUCCCUGGACGUUCCGGUAAAUCUUGCCGUCUCCGUUGGUGUAAUCAGCUUUCUCCGGAGGUAGAGCACCGUGGAUUCACGGCGGAGGAAGAUGAUACGAUUAUACUAGCGCACGCUCGGUUUGGUAACAAGUGGGCGACGAUUGCACGGCUUCUCAAUGGUCGCACUGAUAACGCGAUUAAGAAUCACUGGAACUCAACGCUGAAGCGGAAAUGUAGCGGCGGAGGCGGCGGAGGAGAGGAAGGGCAGAGUUGUGAUUUCGGUGGUAAUGGAGGGUAUGAUGGUAAUUUAACUGAUGAAAAACCGUUAAAACGGAGGGCGAGUGGUGGAGGAGGAGUUGUUGUGGUGACGGCGUUAAGUCCAACGGGAUCUGACGUCAGCGAGCAAUCGCAAUCUAGUGGAUCUGUUUUACCGGUUUCUUCUUCUUGUCAUGUUUUUAAACCGACGGCGAGAGCUGGUGGAGUGGUGAUUGAGUCAUCAUCGCCGGAGGAGGAGGAGAAAGAUCCGAUGACUUGUUUGAGGUUGUCUUUGCCUUGGGUCAAUGAGUCAACAACUCCACCGGAGUUGUUUCCGGUGAAGAGAGAAGAAGAAGAAGAGAAGGAAAGAGAGAUUUCUGGACUUGGUGGAGAUUUUAUGACGGUGGUGCAGGAGAUGAUUAAGACGGAGGUUAGGAGUUACAUGGCGGAUUUACAGCUAGGAAACGGCGGAGGAGCUGGAGGAGGAGCAAGUUCGUGUAUGGUGCAAGGAACUAAUGGUCGUAAUGUAGGGUUUAGAGAGUUUAUUGGAUUAGGUAGGAUCGAGUAGUGAGUGAGAAAAGAGAAGAAUUGUGUAGCAAAUGCAGAGAAAGAGCCAAUUUCAUGAUUUGAGAUUUGAUUCAUUCGAAAAAAAAACUGAAUAAAUGUAUUGAUUUUGAUCAUGACAUGUCUUAGAUUUAAUGAAAUUGGUCUAUAAAAGGGUUGAUGAGGCUGGUCCUCGAGGUGAAUCAAUGUUACCUUUUGAUAAAGUGAAAGAAGAGCAUGAACAAAGUCAUUUCCAUACAAAGAGGAGUUUACAGCAUUCUUGAUCUCUCUAGACUGGUCUUGCGAUUCGAAGAGUGAAGUAAUGAAUUCUACUGAACCAAGUGACGAUUUCCGUAGUUUGUUACCUUCGGUUACCGACUAUAGCAUCGCAGUAAAGGUUAUAGUGUGAGAGAC